GACAUGCAGAAGGUGAAGAAGCCCGGGCUGGUGACUGACCUUUGGCCGCACAUCCGGCUCAUGAGGAUGUCCGGGAUGUGGAUCCUGGAAUUCUACGAGGAACCUGUAGGGAUGAAGCGUUUCCUUCACAUCAUAUACGCGAUGUGCACCACCUUCCUGCUGCUGUUCCAGUACGGCUUUCUCUUGGCAUAUGUUAUAAUCGACUCCUUCACUGGUGAUCAGAUGGCGUCCACCACAAUCACCCUGCUCUUCUUUACCCACGGAGUUACAAAGUAUAUCUACCUCGCUUUCAGAACCAAGUAUUUCUAUCGCGCCCUGCGAGCCUGGAACAUGAUGAACUCGCACCCACUGUUCGCCGAAUCAAACGCUCGGCAUCGGACCACGUCUUUGAUGCGCACGCGCAAACUUCUAGUCAUCAUCGGAAUAGGGACUCUGGCCACUGUGUUCUGCUGGGCUUCAGUCACUUUCGUAGGAGACUCAGUUCGACCCUACCACGACCCUCUCAACCCUAACGAGACCGUGCUCAUCGAAGUGCCAAGGCUCAUGUUUGGAGCUCACUACAUAUGGGACCCCAACGAUGGAAUGGCCUACGUGUUCACGUUCCUGUACCAGUUGUACUGGGUGCUUUUAACCCUUGUUCACUGCAACCUGCUUGACGUGAUCUUCUGCUCAUUCGCCAUCUUCGCCUGUGAGCAACUGAAGCACUUGAAGGAAAUCAUGAGACCUCUGAUGGAGCUCAGUGCUGCCUUAGACUCGGUUGUGCCGAAUGCUGGAAACCUGUUCCGCGUCUCAUCAGCAGAUUCAAACAUUCCUCUCAUAGCGAACCAGGAAGAUGACGUAGAUAUGCGAGGGAGUUUCCUCUACUCCAACUCCCCAGACUACAAUGGGUACGAGUCUCGUAUCCUCAACCGCCAAUCCUUCAACCCGAACGGUCUCACCAAGAAACAGGAACUGAUGGUUCGCUCAGCCAUCAAAUACUGGGUAGAGCGCCACAAACAUGUUGUCAAGUACGUGACAAACAUUGGUGACUUCUACGGAACAGCGCUUCUGCUCCACAUGUUGACCAGUACAGUGACCUUGACCCUUCUCGCCUACCAAGCCACCAAGAUCGAUGGAUUUAACCUGUUUGCGGUUUAUGUCAUCAGCUACCUCUUCUACUCAUUGACCCAAGUGUUUGUGUUCUGCAUUCAUGGAAAUGAGCUUAUAGAAGAAAGUUCUUCAGUGAUGGAAGCUGCCUACAGUUGCCACUGGUAUGAUGGUUCAGAGGAAGCAAAGACAUUCAUACAAAUUGUGUGUCAGCAAUGCCAAAAGUCGUUGUCCGUAUCCGGGGCGAAGUUCUUCACUGUCUCACUGGAUUUAUUCGCCUCGGUUCUCGGGGCUGUGGUGACGUACUUCAUGGUGCUCAUUCAGUUGAAAUAG